AUGGUGCUGGAGGGCAGCCCCGAGGCCGUCAGCUCCCAGUCCCUGGAUCUGCGGCGCUCCUGCCCCAAGGGCUCCCGGGUCUUCCCCUCUGCUGGAGAGGGCUCCCUGCUGAACAAAGAGGCGGUGAAGUAUGGAGAGCUCAUUGUGCUGGGAUACAAUGGCUCCCUGGCCAGUGGGGACAAGGGCCGACGCCGCAGCCGCAUCGCACUCUUCAAGAGGCCGAAGGCCAAUGGGGUGAAGCCAGAUGUGAUACACCACAUCUCCACCCCCCUUGUCUCUAAGGCGCUCAGUAACAAGGGCCAGCACAGCAUCUCCUACACACUGUCCCGCAGCCACUCGGUGAUUGUGGAAUAUACGCAUGACUGCGAUACGGACAUGUUCCAGAUUGGCCGCUCCACGGAGAACAUGAUCGACUUUGUGGUGACGGACACGGCACCCGGGGGCAGCUGCGCCAGUGAGGGGCAGUCGGCCCAAAGCACUAUCUCCCGCUAUGCCUGCCGCAUCAUCUGUGAGCGCAGCCCUCCCUACACCGCCCGGAUCUACGCCGCAGGCUUCGACUCCUCGCGCAACAUCUUCCUUGGAGAGAGGGCGGCCAAGUGGAGGACGCCGGACGGGCUGAUGGAUGGGCUGACGACCAAUGGGGUGCUGGUGAUGCACCCCAUAGGGGGCUUCAGUGAGGACUCGGCACCCGGCGUCUGGCGCGAGAUCUCGGUGUGUGGGAAUGUGUACGCCCUGCGUGACAGCCGCUCCGCGCAGCAGCGGGGCAAGCUGGUGCAGACCGAGUCCAACGUGCUGCAGGACGGCUCGCUCAUCGACCUGUGCGGGGCCACACUGCUGUGGCGGACCACAGCGGGGCUGCUGCUGACGCCCACCCUCAAGCAGCUGGAGGCGCUGCGCCAGGAGACCAAUGCCGCCCGCCCCCAGUGCCCCGUGGGCUUCAACACGCUGGCCUUCCCCAGCCUGGCCCAGCGCGGCGUGGUGGACAAACAGCAGCCCUGGGUUUACGUCAACUGCGGCCAUGUCCACGGCUACCACAACUGGGGCUUCCGCAAGGAGAAGGGGGGGCUGGAGCGGGAGUGCCCCAUGUGCCGCCGAGCCGGGCCCUACGUGCCGCUCUGGCUGGGCUGCGAGGCCGGGUUGUACCUGGACGCAGGCCGGCCCACCCACGCCUUCUGCCCCUGCGGCCACGUAUGCUCCCAGAAGACUGUGCAGUACUGGGCCCAGAUCCCGCUGCCCCACGGCACCCACGCCUUCCAUGCUGCCUGCCCCUUCUGCGGCACCUGGCUCACAGGCGAGCGGGGAUUUGUGCGCCUCAUCUUUCAGGGCCCCAUGGACUGA